AUGGGUGACCAAUCUCGUGCCAACAACCAGGGCCUCGACGAAAAGCAUCAUAGCCCUACUUUAUCUACCAGUGCGGGAGAACCGCCAAUAGAACAACCUUCGAAGGCUGCUGCUGGCCCAAGUCCUCCUCCAAAUGGCGGUCUCAUCGCGUGGCUCCAUGUCGCUGGAGGAUUCAUGCUCUUCUUCAACACAUGGGGCAUGAUGAACACAUUCGGUGUCUUCCAAACAUACUACGAAUCAGGGGCCCUCUUCCACCGCUCCUCUUCCGACAUCUCAUGGAUCGGUUCAGUCCAAGCGACAAUGCUCAUGAUGGUUGGCUUUAUUACCGGUCCCAUAUAUGACCGUGGCUACUUACGCCCUCUGCUCAUCGCGGGCAGCUUCGGCAUCGUGUUUGGUCUCAUGAUGCUCAGCCUCUGCAAGGAAUACUGGCAAAUUCUCCUAGCUCAGGGAUUCUGUGUCGGGAUUGGCGCUGGCUGUCUUUUUGUUCCCUGCGUUUCGAUCCUACCGACAUAUUUCUCGUCGAAGCUCGGAGCCGCCCUUGGUCUCGCCGUGUCGGGCUCUUCGCUUGGUGGGAUUAUCUAUCCAAUUGUCCUGCAUCGUCUUAUUGGACCCCUUGGUUUCGGCUGGGCUGUUCGCGUUAUCGGCUUCAUUGCCCUGGCUACACUUCUCCUCCCCAUAGCUGUCAUGAAGCAGCGCGUUAAGCCACCCAAGGCACGAGCCCUAAUCGACUGGACCGCCUUUACCGAUAUCCCAUUUAUGGUGCUUGUCACCGCGGGCCUCAUUGCCUUUAUGGGCCUUUUCACGCUCUUCUUUUACAUCUCAUACGUUGGCUCAGCUCGCCACCUCACCUCGGACGAUAUGGCGUUCUACCUGGUCCCGAUCCUUAACGCCGCGUCUUGCUUCGGACGAACCAUCCCCAAUGCAAUGGCUGAUAAGUUCGGCCCUUUCAACCUAAUCGCACCCUGUUGCAUGAUGGUCGGCGUUCUCAUUCUCUGUCUUAUAGCCGUCACCAACCAAGCAGGACUGAUUGUCAUUGCCGUCUUCUCGGGAUUCUUCAGUGGUGCACUAAUCGGACUUCCGCCGCUGUGCUUCGUCGCGAUCACCAAGGAUAAGUCCAAGAUUGGAACGCGGAUUGGAAUGGGCUUUGGUAUGAUGGCGUUUGGUGUCCUUGCUGGUGGACCUGGGGCUGGGGAUAUUCUCAGCGGCUCAGGCUCUAUGAACUGGAAUGGGGUCUGGAUAUUUGGUGGUGUCAGUACCCUUGUUGCGUCACUUAUUUUCGGCGCCUUGAGGAUUGCAAAUUAUGGGUUUGUGCUGCGGGUCAAGGCAUGA